UUAAUCAAUAACUUUUUGCUGACAUAGACACAUUACGCCAUGCGUGCAAUAUUUACCUUUUCUUUAUUAUAUAUAGAUACAACCAGAGGAGUUCCAAAUGAUGCAGUUAAACGUGUAAUUUCAGUUUAAAAACGAAUACCUUAACUAUAUAGUGAAAGUUAUGCGAACGAUGGAGCGUGAAGUGUUGGAGAAUUCUUUUGUAGAAAAGCAUUACACUCAUGCGCAAAAUAUCAAUCCACAUACAAAACAAAAAGAUGAUCCCAAGUAUGAAGAAAAAAUAAAUCUGAUUAAGGAAUGUCAGGAAAUUGUCGGAACUGACGAUUCUAAGAAGAAACCAUUGAAUAUUGCUAUCAUUGGACUACCCGGCGGAGGGAAAUCAUCUUUAUUAAACACUAUAUUUGCUAGCUUUAGUACAAAGUGUUGGGAAGAUAUAGUUCAAUUUGGAUCUUUUGGCAGGCUUGAUAGACAGUUUACAACACGAUUCAAAAGCUUCACAAAAGACGUUUACUACAAACCAAAAGACGAUUAUUUAAUGCCGACCUUUUUGGACAUGACUGGGUUUGAGGACGAAGACUCCGCAAAGACUGCGGAUCUUCUAGAAUCGGUAUUUGCUGGUAGAAUAAGGGAAAAUGAAGAAUUGAAAAGUGCAGUAAGCUUCAGAAUUAUGAAGUUCAUUCGAAAGUUAGUGUGUCAUCGUCCAGUUGAUCGGAUAAUUGUAGUCUGUACGUCAAAUCCAGAUGUUAAUUUACCAAAGAGCUUCUGCAAAGCUGUAUGGGAUGCGAAGAAAAAAUACGGGGAUAUACCUGUGUACGGAGUAAUGACAUUUAGGGACAAAUACUCACCAGACGAACCACGGGUUAAAGACAAAAUGAAAGAAUUUUGCGAUCACCUGGCAUUACCUGAUAAUCGGUUUGCUCAUAUCAUAAAUUACUGUGAUGCUAUCGAUAAAAGAAGGGUGCAUUUAACUACGACUAUUCCGUCGCUGGAUGUACCAGUAUUGCAUCUCAUGAAACAGGUUUUGAACCCACGUCAAGAUGAUCCAAGAAAGAAACAUGUCAGCAAGAUGGACAUAUUUUCAAUGUUUGCAUUCAUAUUUGCUGUGCUGGCAUUCGUUUCUGUACUUUUUAUUUCGAAUCGUUAAUUAUGAUUGUGUGUACUUCUGGUUUUUUUAUUUUCAUUUGAAUUUUAAAUAAAGUAAAACUUUUA